ACAUUUUUUGUCUGUUGUUGAACUAUUUGUCAUCUCUCGUCCUUUUCUCUUUGUUUAUACUUUAGUCCAUCUUUUGAAACCGGAGAUCUCUCUUUCCGUCUUCAAAGAGGGAACACAUUACCGUGGUAACGUAACCUGCUGGACAUCCAGAGGAACUCCUCCAGUCAACUUCUCUCUUUCGGUGGACGAUAAAAAGUUGGCCUCCGUUAUAGCUUCGGACUCUCUCAGUGCCUGGUUCAACAUAUCAGUGGUCCCUGGGCUAGAUAUGGGCGCGGCUCGAUGUUGGGUGAGAAAUGAGGUGCAGGAGUUGACGAGUGAGCCUCUGACACUGGAAGUGGUGCCAGUUGGAGGUGACGUUAAUGUCGAAGUUGACUAUCUCUACACAUCGAACUCCAAACUGGCUGCGGCCAGACUGACUUGUUAUGUCAGUCGAGGAUCUUUUCCUUUAGUCUCUUGGCUUUUUAAUAAUGAAACACAAAUGAGCUCCAAGAUGCAGCAGGUCCGGCCUCAAUAUGCCCAAAUGGACUGGAGACAUAUUCUUAUUCUAGCCAAGCUGGACCCCAAAGACUCAGGCUAUUACAAAUGCAGGGUCAGGGACAGAUAUGAUGACUCCGCUACCUGGCUGGAGAGUAACGCUGUCCUCAUCCAAGUCAAAGACUGGAUCCUUGAUAACACACCCCAAGAAACAGCAUCUCCAGAAACAUCAGCAAUAACAACGGAGAUCAUCGCCAUCGUGUUCUGCUCCUUUCUCCUCCUGACGUUGGCAGUCAGCAGCUACUGCGUGUACAUGAUGAUUGACAAUAAAAAAGGUCUUCGCUCCAGUUCAGCCCCAAAUAUUCUUCCUUCCAGUGCCACUUCUGAUGUACUGCCUUUGUCUGUACCCAUUUUCCACUUGGAGGACAAAGAGGCUGAUAAAUGCUCAACAGGCCGCAGUGUAAACACUCAGUAUGUGGAGAUUCCUGUAUGAGAAUGCAGCUUUAAUCAGACUCUUCAUUUUCUGCUGACAUUUCUGUUAUUGACAUAUUUUCUGUUCAUUUAUCUAGCUUAGGUUGAUAUUAAAAUAAUUCUUUAUAGACACAUUUAAAAGAGUAUCAUUACUGUACACUGGUAAUCUCUGACAAAUAAAUUGUGACUUAAAAAAAUUAAAUGUUUAUUUUUUCAA